AAGAGCGUGCCGCUGGAGCUGAGCAGUCAGGCCAGGCGAGCUGUCAUCUAUGCUCAGCCUGUGUGGCUGAUGCAGUCGAGUGCGCUCAGUUGCUAGGGGACCCUGUAGGCUUGGGAGCAGCCGACACACCAGCUAGUUCCCAUGCAGGGAAUGGGGACCUUCCGGCUGGGGAGAAGGACUGUGAUGUAUACUGUGGAAACCAUUCCUAAAGGGAAGAAUCGAGUCCUGGGGACCAUCCAGAUCAUGACUGGCUUCAUACAUAUCAGCUUUGGAAUCAUUCUCAGCACCUUGACCAGUGUAUAUACCUCAUUCUUUGUGUCGGGAGAGAUCCCCUUCUUGGGAGGAGCAUCCUUCAUUGUUUCUGGAUGCCUCUCCAUUGGUGCUGAGAAGAGCCCGACAGAGUGUGCCGUGAAGGGCUCUCAAGCCAUGAACAUUAUCAGUGCCAUAUUUGCAUUACUUGGAAUACUGGCUUUUAUAGUAGAUCUGAGCAUAAAUGGGCCAUUUCAUUCUGAUGACAGUCAUCAGUAUUCCCUAGUGAUGACUGGCAACAGAAUCGCCAUAGUAUUGUUGACAUUCACCGUGGUGGAAUUUUGCAUCGCAUCUGCCACUGCCUAUUUUUGGUGCCGGGCGACCCGCUCUGACUCCAAUGAGGCCAUAUUGAUUGAACCAAAUGCCAUCAGGACAGAUACGGAGACUCCUUCUGUAGCAGAAUCAUCAAGAAGCUAUCCACCAAAUUCCACCAAUGAUGUGAAUUAUGAUCCAAAAGUUGAGACUGUGUAGGAGACUCAAGAAGGGGAAUCUGUAUGGAGAAAUCACACUGGCUGCACCUCUUUUGAGGUGUAAGCGCUGGCCCUUUCCUGCAUGACAGAGUUCCUUCAGUUACUGCCAGUAUUCUAAAUGCCAGGCCAAUGAGGUCAAAGGGACUAUCUCUCUUCUUUCUCCAAUACAGUCUUGGUUUCAGGCUGGGACUAAGAAGCAUGUGGCUUGAUCUGCUCUGCCUUGGACUAAGAGGUAACGAAUGGACUCCAUUUCGCAUAGGCUGUGUAUGGCACUAGCUGUGUGCCUGACACGUGGACUAUGAAAAGUGUCAAAUGUGUUUGAUGAUGAUUUUGGUCUAGUGUUGGGGGUGAUCAUAGAAAAUCCGGGGACCGAAAAGAGAACACAGAAUGGAAGCACACCCAAGUAUUGGCAAAUCAAUACUGCUGCUUUUCUGCCUUUGGCAGGCUUUAUGGCUGAUCGUGAGACGAGAGGUAAAAUAAAUCAAUCUGUGAGGUUGAUAUGAAUGAUUAAUGCCCAAUGCUACAACUGGUUUGUAAAGAGUUUUGAUUGAGCUGGAGUCUCAUGAGAGUUAGCCAACAUAAGGGACUGCCUUGGCCCCAAUACUUGUAGUUGUCCCCCUUGUGCUUCCAUAUGGGAGCAUGAUUUUGAUGCAGAAAGCUGCAUUUGGCAUUCAUUUGAAAUGCACAGCAAAGCUGAUUGGUUUUACAAAGCUUAUCAGCAAUGCUGCAUGAUCUUAAGCACUGUUGACUACUACUCUUACUAUGACUAUUUCUAUUUCAAUUAACUGUACAUAUAUAUCCAUUCAGACUAUUUCAUCCAAUCACUCUUGCCCUGGGAAAUGUCCUGCCACUUUGUUCUCUGGAAGGGUCAUCUCUUUUUAAUAGAUAUAUACCUUGCAGGUAUGGUGAGCUAAAAAUAGUACUUUGUACCUCUACUUUUCAUUAGUCUUGCUGGGCUAUAAGUAGGCACCCUCCUUGAGGGGGAAAAAGAGAGAGAAUACCCAUUUUACAUUCCACAUCACGGAAGUCUAUUCCAACUCUAGUCAUUCUGGAGUUAUGCACUGCCAUCUAAUACUCAGAGAUCUUGCAAGAAAUCUUUUUUAAAAAUUGAUAACAGAACACUGUUGGUGACAGAACUAAUUGGUUCCUUUGACGGACCUUUCAUGUUUCCUUGCACCAUUCAAAUUCAGCAAUGACACUGAAGCAGGCUCAGGAAUAAGAGUUGGCACAAGCCUUCAUAUGACAGAUCUCUGCUUCAUGAAGCAGAAGUCUGAAGGGGAACUAGGAGGGGCUGGACCCUGAUGGUUUAAAGCAGCCUUUUUCCCACCCAGGUCACUCUAGGUGUUCCAGGCUUCAGUCCCAUCAACCUCAGCCAGUAAGAGCACUGAUCAGGAAUGGUGGGAAUUUGUAGUCUAAUAAGAUAAGGAAGGGUUGUAGUUGGAGAAGACUGGUUUACAAGAAAGUGAAUUUUCCAAUCCAAAACUGUUUUCUGGAAGUAGGAAGGCAUUAAGUGGUAUCUGUUAGGUGAGAGUCCCACUCAGCUAAAUACAGCAUCAGCAGGUGCUUAACCAAAUGAAGGAACAAGCACAGUCCAGUCCUUCUGCUCAAUGGCCAGUGAAUUGAAUGGGCGCUGUGCUACAACAUGUAGUGCUGCUCAUGGGUAGGUUUCGUUCAUUUCAAUGAGGCUUAGGACAGAGAUAAUGACCUGGUGGAUCAUGCCCUUGGUCUCCAAAAAGGUUUGGAUGAUUUUUCUAUAUUUUUGCCUGCAUAUCAUGUAAUUAGAAGUUGGCAUUUUUGAGAUUUUCUAUUAUUGUUAAAUAAUUGGGAAUGGCUGGAUUGGAAUCAAUUCCCCUGGCUUCUGAGCAUCUUGGUUAAUCUCUCUUCAGAGCAUGUUUUCAUGAGAAAUUUCUACUAUUUAAUGCCUGUUUGUAAAACAGGAAGUCCUAUUCUUAAGUGAUCUCACAGAGGUCUGGUUCUAGCAGUUAUUUAUUUCAUCCUAGACAAGUUAAGGUUUUAGAUUCUGAAGCGGAUUCACUCUUUCUAGGUUUGAUCUUGCUAUUCAUGGGUAUGAUUUUUUAAAAAUGAAAUGAAAUGAAACAUGUAUUUGAAGCAA